UUACAGCGUUGAUUUGGUUCCUGGUUCCAGUUUUUACUCUGAACCUCCAAGGUUCCAGUGAUACACCACUGCAACUAUCCCUAUUGUGGAUGACCUGUGUGACAGAUCCCUCUGUCCUGAACUUAAAGAAACGUAUUCUUCAUUUGUUAGUUUGAUUCGUGUUUCCCCAUUCAUGUGUACUCUAUGCCGUGAUUUUACAUUUUGCCAAGUGAAUAAAAGUAAGUUUGUAUUCACAAUUUUUAUAUUAUAAUGGGAAUUAGAGCACACAAAUAUUUUAAUUAAUCACCAUAAUGUUUCAUAGUCAUAUUUCUGAUGUUUCAUGAAAAUAAAGUCAGUUUUUAAGUAUGGUAAACAAUACAUCAGUUAUAGAUAGAUUUUUUUUUUUUUCAUAACUCCCCGUACAUUUUGUUUCAGAUAUUUCCAGCAGCAGAAGUUUUUCUAAAGGACAGGACAACAAAAGAAAUAUACUAAGCAAGAUUAUGAAGAAAUCUUUUAAUAAGACAACCAAGGAUUCCAGCUCUCCAAACUCAAGCAAUCUCUCAAAACCCUAUAUGUCUACAAAGGAGAUAGUAAACAUAAACACAAAACCUUUCUCAUGUUCUGAAUGCGGAAAAUGUUUUUGCUGGCAGUCACAAAUUGUUAAACAUCAGAGAACUCACACAGGAGAGAAACCUUUCUCAUGUGCUGAAUGUGGGAAAUGUUUUAGCGAGCACUCAAAUCUUGUUAAACAUCAGAGAACUCACACAGGAGAGAAACCUUUCUCGUGUUCUGAAUGUGGGCAAUGUUUUAGCCAGUGCUCAGGUCUUAGUACACAUCAGAGAACUCACACAGGAGAGAAACCUUUCUCAUGUUCUGAAUGUGGGAAAUGUUUUAACAGGCAUGCUCACCUUGUUUUACACCAGAGAACUCACACAGGAGAGAAACCUUUCUCAUGUUCUGAAUGUGGGAAAUGUUUUAGCCAUAACUCCACUCUAGUUAAACAUCAAAGAACUCACACAGGAGAGAAACCUUUCUCCUGUUCUGAAUGUGGGAAAUGUUUUAGCCAUAACUCAGCUCUAGUUAAGCAUCAGAGAACUCACACAGGAGAGAAACCUUUCUCCUGUUCUGAAUGUGGAAAAUCUUUUAGCGGGCACUCAAAUCUUGUUUCACAUCAGAGAACUCACACAGGAGAGAAACCUUUCUCAUGUUCUGAAUGUGGAAAAUGUUUUAGCGGGCACUCAAAUCUUGUUUCACAUCAGAGAACCCACACAGGAGAGAAACCUUUCUCAUGUUCUGAAUGUGGGAGAUGGUUUACACAUAACACAACUCUAGUUAAACAUCAGAGAACUCACACAGGAGAGAAACCUUUCUCAUGUUCUGAAUGUGGGAAAAAUUUUAGCGGGCACUCAAAUCUUGUUACACAUCAGAGAACCCACACAGGAGAGAAACCUUUCUCAUGUGGUGAAUGUGGGAAAUGUUUUAACGAGCACUCAAAUCUUAAAGCACAUCAGAGAAUCCACACAGGUGAGAGACCUUUCUUAUGUACAGAAUGGUGAAAUAGUGAAUUGUUCUCAUCCUGACACAAUAUAUAAUACCUUUGUCAGUAGCAAUGUAUAAAUGAUGCAUAGGUGUUGCGAUUCUGUAAACUCUACAGAGCCCCUCUUUACUUUUCUCCCCCUUGAUAUUUCUGUUAAAUUUUGCUCUGACGGCCGUAGGUCUCGCAAGAUUUAGACUGGGGAAGCUGAAGGAGCUGCUGCAAAGGUAAAAGCUUGCUCCCGGUCCCCAACAGGACCGCCGGGAUUGUAAUGAGCCCGGCCGUCCUGGUCUGUAUAUAUUGU